AUGACUGCCCCAGUAGCCCAGGAAGAGCUGCCUAUCCUCGAGGCUGUGAUCAACAUACGCAAUCGCCUCACCGCGUUGAAGAAGGACAGAGGAGAGUACAUCAAGCCGUACGAUGUGAACGCGCUCUACCAGGCUAUCAUCAAGCAAGUAACGCGCCUCAACGAAGUCCGAGAUGACCACACCACGUACAACAACCGCCUUGACACCACCCUCGCGGACGUGUUCAACCUCCUGUCGUUAUUCUUUCUCACGAUCGGGAGAACGAAGGAGUCGCCGUCGACAUAUUGUCAGAUCGCCAGCAUGAGGCAAAUCCUGGAGCACAUGGACGAAUCUGGUGUCUACAAUGAAUCCGACCUUGCGCCCUUCCACCGGCGGCUAGCAGAACUACGCUGGAUCGUGCGAAAUGAUGCGGAGAGCGGCAAGCACCCAAUGGCGAUGACGACUCUGCUAGAGAGACAAUUGAAUGAGUGCGAACAUGUGUUGCAGCGCCUUCAAGAUUCAUUGGCCGUGCUCUCUCCUGAGCUUGUGCCCAUACACGAGCGGCUUGUGAACGUUCGACGGAAGCUUGUCGCACUUGCCGCAAAGGAGACUGCCCGGGAGGCAGCAGCAGAAAAUAACAAGCAAGCAACCAUCGUACCUGAACCGUUGCACUCAAAGCCUCCCUCGAAAGAACCAACGCCGCCUCUUGACGGCGAAACACGCUCAGGGGCUGACUCAGCACCAGAUAGCGAGUCGGAAGCUAAGACGCCUACGAAAGAGACCACACCCAAGCCCGAAUUACCUCAGGCAGAGAAAGACCGCGUAAAAGUGAAGGCCGAGCUGAAGGCGCUCAUGGAGGAACUCCGCAAGAUUGAUUCGAAACGUGUGGACGGCAAGUUCUUGGCGGCCUGCUCAUCUCUGCUUGAGGAGUGCUUUGAGAUCGCGCAAGAAAUCCGGGCACAAGAUGAUUCGCGAUAUGUCGCUUCGUCCCUCAGACCCAUCUAUGACCGUCUCAGCGAGAUCCGGCGCGAACUGGAGCAACUUGUAUUGACACAUCGAUGGAGCCUUCGCGAGACCGAUCUCUGGAACUAUAGCUUGAGUCUGCAAGAGAUCGACAAAAUGCGCGUUGACGGCAAGUUCGUCGAUGCAGAGGGCAUUCGACCAUCAGGACAAUAUGUCUUGCUGUAUCUGCUCCGCAGAUGUUAUGGUCUCAUCUAUCGCCUCCUCUCGUCCAGUGAACCUGUCUCGGAGGAGCUGAUGCCCAUUGCGAAUAAACUCUCCACUGUGAAGAAGUGCCUGAACGAGGUCUUGAAGUAUGGCGGGCCAUUCUCGCCUCGAGAUCUCUACCCAUAUCAGCUAGCUCUGUAUCAGAUCGAUUCUAUGCGCAAAGAAGGCAAAUUUGUCGGGGUGGAUGGAACCAUUCCGGAGGGUCAGGGUAUUGUGAUGGCACAUCUGAAUGAGUGUCAUGAACUCCUCGAAAUGUUGAAGGAAGCCAUGGAAGAGGCGGAGGACGGCAGCUACGAUGACGAAGAUGAGGAAUAUAGUCUAGACGGUGAUGAAGAGGAAGAGGAAUGAUUGCAGGUACAUGGGGGGUUUCUCGGUUCACUUUUCUACACGUCGUUCGCUCUGCUCAAUGCAUUCUCAAUGGGUGGAGUAGUCAUUAUGUUGUAUCGAUACAUGGCCGGUCAUAGUAUGCGCGUCGAGCACAAUUCAUCUCAUGACAAUGUCGAUCUAGGGGAUCAUGGCCAGGGCUGCAGCACUCACCCAGCUGAUAAGACUACCGUGUUGUACCUCACUCACGUCGAGUUUUUCGCGUUCCGAGCACAUGCCCUCCAGGAACCACUGCUGCGAUUGCGUUCAAGGUCAGAUGCAGAUAUCUUACACGAGAAGUACAUGCCCGUGUAGACAGAUGAUGGAGUGAC